AUGUUCAAGCAAGCUGUGAACAACCACAAUGCUGCUAUUCCUCAACCCGCGCCCACCGCCGCCUCGAAGCAGCAAUCACUAGGAAGCUCAUUCGCACGGACCGGAUCAACACAGAGCAACACGAAUCCGCUGGCGAGUAGCACAAAGCAGAACGGUGCUGGGAAACCUGGGCUAUCGGGACCUCUGGCUCGAGGGUCGUACAACCAAGGGACGAAGAGAACGUCAACUGGCCUAGCGAAGACGUUGGACUUCCACGAAGAUAUCAUCGACUACCCUACGCUCAAUAUAGUAGACUUGGAGAAGGAGAACGAUCUCCCAAUGGCAUAUAGCGCGUCAGCACGAACCAAAAGUGCCGGACUGGCGACUGCUCUGUUCGAUGAGGACGACUUCGACAGCGAUAUCGACCUGGAUGUAGAGGAUCCCGCGACCAAAGGGCGUGCGUUCCUGCCUUGGUCACAGAACCAAAAGGCGGCCAAUACGCAAGAGGCGAAAGAUGAGAUAGACUCGGAAGAAGAAAUCAUACGGCCAAAGAAGAGGCAAACUACCGAAGUCAAGGCAGAAGUCGCCGCGACGCCUAAGCCAAAGUCACAGUAUCUCUGGAAUGCGACAGCAAGCGCCCUGAAAGAACAACAGAAAAACUUGCGAGAACAGAAUAAGAAGCAGACCAAGGAAGCUGAUACCUCCGUGGACGAUCUCCAAGCAGCCGUGAAGAAGAGGAAGAAGAACGCUGUGGCUCGCAUAUUUCUAAGUGAAGAGCAACAGAAUGUGCUCAACCUGGUCACAGAGUACAAGAAGAGCGUGUUCUUUACUGGUUCGGCCGGUACCGGAAAGUCUGUUCUUCUACGAGAGAUUAUCGCAGCUCUACGGAGAAAAUACGUUCGCGAGCCAGACCGAGUCGCAGUCACGGCAUCCACGGGGCUAGCAGCGUGUAAUGUGGGUGGCGUCACGCUGCACAGCUUUUCAGGCAUCGGACUCGGCAAAGAGCCUGCUGAAGACCUGAUCAAGAAGAUCCGAAGAAAUGCCAAAGCCAAGCAAAGGUGGAUGCGCACGAAGGUUCUCAUCAUGGAUGAAGUCUCUAUGGUGGACGGAGAUCUAUUCGACAAGCUCGAGCAGAUUGCGCGGACGAUUCGCAACAAUGGCAGGCCGUUUGGCGGCAUCCAGCUCGUCAUCACCGGCGACUUUUUCCAAUUACCGCCCGUACCAGAAUAUGGCAAAGCCUCAAAGUUUGCCUUCGAUGCUGGCACCUGGACGACUUCGAUCGAACACACUAUCGGCCUCACCCACGUCUUCCGUCAAAAGGAUCCCGUAUUCGCAAAUAUGCUGAACGAGAUGCGUGAGGGAAGGCUAACACCAGACUCGAUUGCGCGGUUCCGGAAACUGGAUCGGGCACUCCCCGCGUCAGACGAGAACAUUGAAGCUACUGAGCUGUUCCCUACCCGACAAGAGGUGGACCGUGCGAAUAACCUUCGCAUGCAGCAACUGCAUGGCACCGUUUUCAGUUUCGAGGCAAGAGACGGAGGCACAAUCACAAACAAGGAACAGCGCGACCGGUUACUGCAGAGCUGUAUGGUCCCGGAGGUUGUGCAUCUCAAGAAGGGCGCCCAAGUUAUGCUGGUCAAGAACAUGGACGACACAUUGGUGAACGGCUCGUUAGGCAAGGUGACGGGCUUCAUGACAGAACAGAUGUUCGUGCUCUACAAGGAAGACGAAGAAGCCUUCCUUGAGGGUGGAGCAUCGGAACAGGCCAUGAAGAACGAAAUGGCAAAGUCGACCUUGGGUCUCAACACAGCACAAGUCUUCCCUGUUGUACGAUUUGCUAUCGCUGACGGCACAACACGUGACCUGCUCUGCAAACGAGAAGACUGGAAGAUCGAACUUCCCAACGGCGAAGUGCAAGCAUCUCGGAGUCAGAUCCCGCUCAUUCUUGCGUGGGCGUUGUCUAUUCACAAAGCCCAGGGUCAAACACUGGAGCGUGUCCGUGUCGACCUUGGCCGAGUCUUCGAGAAGGGUCAAGCAUACGUAGCGCUCUCACGUGCAACGAGUAUGGCUGGUCUGCAAAUCUUGCGCUUCGAUCCGCGAAAGGUCAUUGCACACGAAAAGGUGCGCUCGUUCUACAGCAGCUUGAGCCGUGCGGAGCAAGUAGAAGGCAAGGCGAAGAGCAAGACAAUCCUCGGCAAGAUGCAAACCGCAACUGCGAAGAAGAAGGGGGUGGAUAAUGAGGAGUGA